UUAACUCCUCGUGAAUUAGCUGUGACGGUUUUACGAAGAUGUUGUGUUUUAGUGAAGUCAUUUUACUAAUCCUUCUGAUACUGAAGGCGAGAGGUGUCCACGGGAUAAGUAACAAAUGUGGCAGUACGAAAGUUUGCAGAGAAUAUGACUGCACGCACCAGCCGGAUGCCCUUCCUGCUGCCAACCCUCCCCAUUAACCGGGCUUGGGACCGGCGCGGGACAUUCCACUGGACUGUGGACUCCUAUGUUUUAGGAAUCAAGCUUCAGGCGGCCGAGAAGGGUCAGAGCUGCGAGAUGCGUUUUCCCGAUAGUCUAGACGAGUGUGAAUACAAUCCCAAAAGAGCACUGGAGUCUUCCCUGAGAGUUAAUCUGACGAUGUUCUACCGCGGCAAUGGUCUGCCUGGAAAGGUCGCGUUCAACCUCACACUACAAGGGAUCUACAGCAACACUACCAAAUUCAGAUUCCACAACACCAAAUUCGACGAGUGCGACCUCUGUCGCCAGGUACACCUAAAUAAUGUGGAUUUGCCUCACAAGGGCCAACUCCACUGGAACUGCACUUUCUUCGAGGAGCCUUUCUACACUAACAGCAACAUCGAGCUCGCUGUGAUGGACGGGAGAGGCGGAGGAAACCAGUAUUCUUUUAGGGUUCCUGAGGGAGUCAGAACCAACGGAAGAGCGAACGAAACCACCUGGCAAUUGUAUAUGCUGCUGCACUUGAGUGACGUGGAGAGAGAAAGCCGCCUUCAUGUGUCCCUUCAGCUGGCGCCCUUCGGAGGAAUCAAUUACACGGUGGCCCUUAUGAAGUGCACUUCAGGGGCUGAGAGUGGGUGCCCUGAAAACGGAACCGUAGUCGAACGAAAAUUCUUAGCGGGCCCUGUAGAGGCUCCGACAGUGGCCAGGCAGGAGGCAGUGGACUUCCCGGUGACUGAGAUCGGGAUGUACGUGGUGACUGCACAUAUAGUUAGCCCGAGAUGUGUUGACUGCACGUUCCUCUCGGUCUCCCCUCCGUUCGCUCUGGAGGCCAACAAGCUGGUUCCGAAGGUUUUCGGAGGUGCGGCGGCACUGGUCCUCCUGGUUGUGGCACUAUCUGGCACUUGUAUCCUCUGCGCAAGGCACCAUAGAGAGUUGAAGCUGGAACUCGCCAGGCGUCCCGUGAAGGUCCUCUUGCUUUACCUGGCGGACACCCACGCUUACCUGGAGUUCGUGAAGGAAUUGGCGUCCUUCUUAGCGGAUAACUGUUACGUCCAAGUCUUCAUGGUGGACACGCAUGCUAGGAAGAAGAGCCCUUACCGAUGGACGACAGAACACAUCGCCAAAUCGGAUCGGAUCCUGUUCCUGUUGCCAGCAGAUCUCCACGGCCACAGCAUCACGCCCAUCAUCAAUCAGUGGGACCACGCCCUCAACCAUUUCACCAGCAGCGUCCGCAACCGCCCCUGCGCCGCCACCGUCGUUCUGCCCUUCAGUGACGAGAUUCCUUGCCAGAUCUUUGACUUGCGGAGGUUCCGUCUCCUUCGUGACCUGCCGUCGAUGGUCACAUGGACCCACCACGGCGCCGUAACCCCGAACUAUUACAUCAUGUGGCGUCUUCACCUCAACUCCUUGACCCCCAGCCUCGCCAGGGUCAAGUCGAGGAUGCUCCAGGCGAUGGAGGAGCACCGGGAAAGAAAGACGAGGGUGACGGAUCGGGACGCGUCGGGUUCGAGCGCGAUCAACCUGCUUCUUCGGCAUGGUGAGUCGACGAGGACGAGCACGUCAGAAGAUCCUACUCUACUGGCCACGAAUGGGCUGCAGGGAAAGCAGCUCCCGACGGAGGGCUGUGAUGACCUGAAACCUGGCGGGGAGUUCGAUCUGAUGAUUAGUUCCGCAGAAGAUCUGGUCGGAAGCAGAAACCGAGAUGUUCGUGUUAGCUCUCUGGCUUCGGCUUCAGAAGAUAACCACGACGAUAAUCUUCCAGAUUCAGUUUUCAUGUAAUUUGCUUUUCACGCCCGUCUGCCUCUCACUGCCUCUACCAACCUAUCUAUCUGUCUCUUCUCUUUAUGGCUCUCUUAAUUUAUGUGGAUUUGCUACGAGGAAAAAUGGAACCUUAAAAAAGUGAAUAAAUAAAAAAGUACUAUUAAGAGCAAGACAACCAUGUAAUUAUUUUAUUGUGAAAAUUAUUCUACAUGUAUUUUGAACCUGUAGUAGAUGUAGUAUGUUGACCUGUUUUCCACGUCUGCUUACGAUUGGUUUAGUGCUUGAUUUUUCCUACACGGCAAUGCACGAUGUUCUGUGUUGAUCUUCAAGUGAUUUGUAAUAAAGUAUCAAAAAGAA